AUGGCGGCCGCGGUAAAGGUGCUUCCUUUUCCGACUCCAAUCUUUCUUCUUGUUUACUUGAGCACCACCGUUGCAGCUUCUUCCGUCGGCCAUGAGAUUCACAGAGGCUUCUCCGUCGCCCACGACACUUCCUACUCCCAAUUCCAGCCCCUGCUCGCCGACCCCACCGGCGUCUUCUCCCUCGGCUUCCUUCGGGGUGGAGACGGCGACUCCUCCUUGCUCGACCUCGCCGUCCUCCACCUCCCCUCCUCUACCGCUCUCUGGCGCGCCACCCUGGCGCGACCCCUCGGCUGGAGAGCCGAUGUUUCCUUAUCCUUCAACGGGAGCCUCGUCUUGUCGGAUUCGGAAAGGGGGAUUCUCUGGUCGACUCCCGCGGUCGACGCCGGCGAGCGCCUCGUGCUCCUCGAUUCGUCCAACCUUCAAGUCCAGAAGCUGGCGGCGGGGGGCGCCGUGGUGGUGCUCUGGGAAAGCUUCAAUUUUCCAGCGGAUACGCUGGUUCAAGGUCAGAACUUUACCUCUGCCGCCGUUGUUAAGUCUAUAGAUCAGCGCUUCUCGAUGAGGGUGGCGGAGAGUUACGUCGCCCUUUAUAUGGAGUUUCCCGGAGGCGUGCCGCCGGUAAUAUAUUGGAAGCACGCGGCCAUGGAAGCGAAGGCGGAGAUUGUCGCCGGCGGAGGAGCGAUUUACGCGCGGGUGGGAGAGGGUUUUUUGGGGAUGUAUCAAACGGACUCCGCCCCUGUCGACGUGCUCCCAUUCAGCAGCUUCAAUCGAGGAAUCCGUGGGCUCCGCCGCUUAACCCUAGAAUCCGACGGCAACCUCCGAGAUUACUACUGGAACGGCACGAUCUGGGUCAGGGACCUCGAGGCCAUCGCCGACCGCUGCGAGAUCCCUGCAUCCUGCGGCGCCUACGGGCUCUGUGGCAACUCCGGCGGAUGCCGCUGCCUCGACGACGCCAGGGAGGCGGAGGGAGGGUGUCUCCCAGCUGCCUCCGGCGACUUCUGCGACGCCGCAAAUAACGAGUUCGGGAUCUUGAGGAGGAAAGGCGUUGACUUGGCGCACAAAGAGCUGGCGGCGCGCGAAAAGGUGGCGUCUUUGGAGGAGUGCGAGGGUUCUUGCGAGCAGAACUGCAGUUGCUGGGGCGCGAUCUACAACAACGCUUCGGGCUACUGCUACUGGUUGGACUACCCGAUACAAAGUUUGAUGGAGGCGGACCAGAGUAGGGAAGGGUACUUCAAGGUCAGGUCCACCAGCGGAGGAGGCGGCGGCGGCGGCGGGAGGGUGGUGGUAAAGGUGGCGUUGCUGGCAGUGUGCGGCAUGGUGUUGGCUGGAGCGGCGGCGGCCGUUAUUGCUUACUUUGUUCAGAGGCAGCGACAGCGACUGACGGCGAGAGUGAAUGGGAUGGUGGAAGGGCUAGCGCCGGGGCCUUACAAAGACCUCAAUUCAGCUUCGUUUCGAUCAAUCGAGCUCUCGUAA